AUGCUUGGGUUGAAUCUAGUCUUUGGCCUAGGCCUACUGUCUAUUGUCUAUGGUGCAUUCCAUGAGAAGAAAUUCCUCCAUGAUAUUCACGAGAGAACCAUACUUGAAAACGGACACGUGAGAGAGACGAACUAUGCAGACACCAAGAUUGAUCUUUCUACAUAUGAUUUCACGACUUAUCCAAAUAACGCAAGUGAGAUUUCGUACAAGGGUCGCUGGGACUCUAAGAAAGUAUCUUGGUGGGCCGCUCCUGGCGUCAAGUUCGGGUAUACAGGAGAACAGGUCGCCAUCACAUUCGGCAACUACACGAGCCAAGGGGUAUUGGUAGCAUACCGCAUCGGCGGCCUCGAUUGGUCAUUCACCAACAUCACGACCAGUGCUACUCAUCUGUUCGUGACCACUGAUACGCCGGGCUCUAACUUGACAUGGCCAAUUAAUCCAAUGACCUUCGAGCUGCGAGUCACCAAUUGGGCCUACGGUAUACAAAUUGACUCGGUUCAUGUUGCAUCUGGAGAGAAGCUUGUCAAAAUUCCAGACUAUGGAAGAAAUGUUGAGUUCAUUGGCGACAGUUUGACAUCUGGGAUGUAUACAACCUACGAGGCAUUCAGUGGUUUUGGAUAUGGAAUUGGCGCCGGCCUUGGGAAUACCGAGUUCAGCAUCACUGCGUAUCCAGGCAUUUGCACUACAGAUCAGGAUUGUUGGGGCAAUCCAAGAGGACAAGUCCAUCAAUGGUUCUAUACUUCUGAUACCAGCUGGCGCGCGCAGCAGAUGUAUGGAGAUAGCCCCGAGCCCUGGAAUUUCACGAAUCAACAGCCUGCAGAUAUCGUUGUCAUCAACAUUGGUACGAACGACCAGAAUGCAUACAACAAUGUCACCGUCGAAGCAUAUGUUGAUGCCCUUACCAAGUUGAUACAAGGGGUUCAUGGUGUUUGGCCAAAGGCACAAGUGGUCUUGAUGUCUCUAUGGCUAGGCUUCUGGCAAAAUGGCAAUACUUUCUCGGACAGCUCUGCUGACGGUUUCCGUACGGAAAUAUAUGAUAUUGUGCAAUAUUUCAACUCACCAGAAUAUCUGAACAAUCCAAUUGUCUACGACGGCACCACCAACAAGACCCGCAAAGCAUGCAACAAGUCAGAGCCGUUCGUACAUUACUUCAAUACCACGGGCAUCUUGCAGCACAACGACAUUGGUCCGCAAUGGCACCCUACCGAUGUAGGGGCAAUCAAAGUUGCAAGCCAUAUCAUCCAGUUCCUAAAGUUGAAGUUCGAUUGGUUGCUCUACGCUACCGGACCAGAGGUUCAACAUGACACUUUAUAUUGGAACGACGAGCCCAACUACUGA